CGAGUCCCGCGAUUGCCUCCCGCUUCCAGCCACACAGCCCGGCGAAAUCUCUCUCCGUAGCAGCACGAGGUCUGGGAUCAUGGAGACGACCCAAUUCGCAAUGGUUGAGGAGUUGGCUUCUCUUAUAAAGGAUAACUUGUCCUGCAAGCACCUUGUUCUUUCAGUAGAAGAAGCCUUAGUCAACUUUCUUCAAGAUGAUACAAGUUCAGAUGGAAUAUUAGAGCUCCAACCAAUGGGUCCAUACCACCGUCUGCUUUUGCAUCGUCUUGCAGAUAUAUAUGGAUUUGCCCAUGAAUCUGUCGGCGAAGGUGAUUAUCGCCACUUAGUUCUGGAGCGGUGUGCAGAUACGACAAUCCCACCAAUUCUUGUUAGUGAUAUACUAUGGCAGUAUGAUGAACAUCAAACUCUGAGUGCUUCUAACUAUGUACUACUGAGAAACGAAGCUCCAGCUCUGAAGACAACUCAACAAUUAUCACCUUCAAUCCCACUCGAAGAGAGAGAAGCUUCUUAUCAAGCUGCCCGUGCACGGAUUUUUUCUUUGCAUGAGGAUGGUGAACAGGAUCUAACUGCUCCAAAGUCCCGUAAAGUUCCAGUGGUUGCUAGGCGGAUGAUUGCACAUGCACUUGGCCAGAGGAUUUCUCCAACUUCGUCCACGGAGAAGCUCUCCUUGAAUGAAAGUGAGAAGGAAGUCACUGGUGGACUGAGCAGUGAUGAAGGUAAAAAUUUGUGUCCAAAGGUAGAAGAUAUCAAAGAAUCAACUGCUUUUUCUACCGGUAAACUGGGUUCACAUGGAAGGAAAAAAUAUGAUAAGAUGACUCAUGGCAGUAGUGGAGGUCGCAGUCAUAACUCUGAUGGGCAUAAUGAAGUUGCUACUGGUGUUUCUGCUAAGAAUAAUUUAUUACCAAAUUCAAGUAACAGAAGAGCUGUUGGUGUUGAAGAUUUGGAGAAACUACAUAUCGGAGCUGCUCGGAGGAUUUUUGCUCAUGCGUUGGGUUUACCCUCUGGCAAAGGAAAUCUGGAAACUAUGGUGAAAUCGAAUGAAGGAAACAGAGAUUUUAAAAGAGAGACAGAGAUUGAUGAUCAAGAAGUCACAUGAUGGAGCACUUCUUAUUGUGAGUCACAACGGAUUGGUGGGUUCUGCAUUGACUUCAUGGGCCUUUCAAUUCAUGGAGUGGAAACGAGGUGGACCGAGAAAAAAGAGAAGGAUCAACACUGAUAUCGACUUUGGAAUAUAAGAGGCGUUUUGAUUUUUCACUGAUGCAUAUUUCAACAGAAUUCGGUCGUCAAACUGUUGCGCAGAUCCUCAAUUGUGGAAGCAGACCAUUUUUUUUGGAAGGCACACCUCAGAUACUGUAUGUGUGCAUUAGUAAGUUAUCCUCUGCCAACCUGGUCUUGAUUAUUUAGCCACUUCUUUGUUACUCCUCACUAUGAUUAAGCAUUUAUUUUCUCCUGAACAAUCUCAGAAACAUAGCAAUGUUAUAGAUUCUUGAAUUGACAAAUGUAGUCCUGUAAAAUCUAGUCAGAGAAUUGGUGAGACGAGUGCUAUAAAAGGCUCAAGAUGAAGAGAGUUGGCAAAUGUACUCUUGAUUUGGUUUCUCACCUAGGGAUUUAGUGUAUGUAGGAAACCGUGAAUUGACUUCUUGAGGUGGUUUGGCUUAA